AUGGCAGCCCCUACGGAUGAGCUGAUUUUGCUUGAGCGAGUAUUUUUCCGUUUGGGAUCUGCAGAUACUGAUGAACAAUUGCAAGCAUCAGUUUGCAAAUUUUUGCCUCCAGUUUUGUUAAAGCUUUCUAGUGCACAAGAAGGUGUUAGAAAGAAAGUAAUGGAGUUAUUAAUUCAUAUCAAUAAAAGAAUAAAAAGUAGACCUCAAGUACAAUUGCCAGUUGAAACACUUUUAUUACAAUAUCAAGAUCCAGCUGCCAGCUCAUUUGUAAUUAAUUUUACAAUUAUAUACAUAAAACUAGGAUAUCCUAGAAUGGAAAUGCAAAAACAAGCAGAAUUAAUUCCAAGUAUAUUAAAUGCUAUUGAAGGAAAACCAUUAUCUCAUCAAGAUAGUUUAUUAUUUAUAAUUAUGCCUGCAUUGGGUCAUGUUAAUAUUCCUGUGGAUUCAGACAAACGAGCAUUUUUUCUUGGUCUACAUGACAAACCUUAUGUCUCAAAACAAUUACUCAAUUUUAUGCUUGAUGUUUUAUUGUUACCUUAUGGAUCUGUAGGACAAAUGCAAAAUCAACAAUCAGAUCAAGCUAUUGACUGGUCAUGUUUUCGUGUACCACCAGGAUUGAGUGAAUAUGCAUUUAAACGAGUCAUUGGUGAAAAUCCACCAACAGCAGAACAACUUGAACAAACAAAAUUAGGAAUUGUAAAAUUUCUAGCUGGAGGUUUUUUCUCUGAUUCAGAUAUUCUUAUACAUUUGAUAGUAGCAGCUGCAGAUACCAGAUUCAGUGUUGCUAAUCUAGCUGAUUUAGAAUUGAAAAAAAUUGUUAACACAUUAGAUUGGUCUUCAAUGCAAUUAGCAGCACCAUUGUAUUCAUUAUUUUUGGGUACUGAUACUUUGGGUAUUCAAAAGGUUAAGCCAGAAAUGAAACGAUUACCUGCAGGCAUACGAAUUCGUUUAAAAUUAUUGCAUUAUCUUUGCCGAGUUACUAAAGCUGGUUUUAUUAUACCACCAUGUAUUCAGGUAGUUUUUCAUUCUCUACAAGAAGGAGAUGGAAAAACUACAAAUGCAAAGUUGAAAUCAAUGGCAUUGCAAUUUACAUCAAAUAUUGUGCAACAAUGUAGCCUUGCACCAUUAUCUCGCAUAGCAGGAAUUAUUUUAAAUGGUAUGAUAAAAUUAAUUUUUGAAGGUGAAGAUAUUCAUAAAAUGAUGGCAUAUACUGUUAUUGGACAAUUAGGACAAAGAAUUCCAUCAGUGAUAGAUAAAAACUCAAAUUUAUUAUGUCAUUUGUUUGAUACACUUGUAUCGACGGAAGGAGAUUUACGAAGAACAAUAAGAGAUACGUUGAUCUCAAUAACAUCUGCAUUUAUUCUUAAUAAAGAUGAUGAAGCCAAUAUAUCUCUCAUGAACGGAUUAUUAUCUACUUAUAUUGAAUCAUCGGAAUCUAAUGUUAGAUUUGUAGCUAUGCAUUAUGCAGCUACUGUAUUUCCCUCUGAUGAUGUACCUUCUCGUUAUCUUUUAUUAUUAGCAUCUGGAGAUGAUAAACAUGAAAUAAGAACAGAAGCUAUAAAAGUUUUGUAUGGUACUACUCAUAAAAAUGAAUGUGAUAAACAAAAUUGUAACCAUAUUUCAUUACCAGAUUUUAAGAAACUUGUUACUUAUAUUUAUUCAAAAAUGCAAGCAAGAAUGUCAACUAGUAAUGAAAAAAUGAAUAUAGAAAAUAAAAUACUUCCUUAUAAUAUCACUGUAUUUACAGAGAUAAUUACUUAUCUCCGAAUUUGUUUAGCAAGAAAUGCUCAUGUUACUAAAUAUAAUGAAUUAUUACAACAUCCUUGUGAAAGUACGCCACUAAUUACACGUUAUUUAAAAAAUCUGUAUGAAGACAAAAUAGAAAUAUUACAUCAUUAUCUUGAUAUAAUUUUAAUUUUUAGUCAUGCUUCUGCAGAUCAAACUUCAUUGCAAGCUUUAUUGGAAAUGAUUGGUUCUAUCCCACAGUUUGUAAUAAGAAUUUAUGAAAAUAAUCUAUCAUGGCUUCGUACUUUACUUAUAUCUACUAAACCAGAUAUAAGACAAUUGGCUGCUAAAAUUUAUGGUAUAAUAACUGCUCAGCUUCCCAAUAAUGAGUUUGAAACUCAAAUUUCUGAGAUUAUGGCUAUCAUAGAUAAAAAUAAUUUAGAAGCUCAACAUGGUUCAUUAUUAACUUUAACAUAUAUGAUGGAAAGAAGAUUAGUUUUUAAACGAAGUAACAUAAAUAAUGAUUGUUUUAAUUGGGAUCUCUAUAUUAAUGUCGUAAGAAUGAUAUGCAAUUUUCUUCAUAAUAAUACAAUUUUGUUAUUGGAUGCUGCAAUUCAAAGUAUUGGUAUUUUGGGUAAAACAUGUGAGUUACCAUUACCUAAUGAGGGUGAAAAAAAACCAAAUAAAAAAGAAAUUGUUGAAAUAUUAUUUUCAAUAUUAAAUAAUGUAAAAUUAAACACUAAGAUUAAAGAGAAAGCUGCACUUUCAUUAGGUUAUUUAUGUGUAGGGGAAAAUUUUCCUCAUACAUCAUAUAUAGUGAAUAAAAUAAUUACAACUGUCAAAGAGACAAAAGAUAUUGAAAUCCAUUUGAUUAUGGGAGAGACAUUGGUUUGUUGUGUUCAAGCUGAAGCUUCUCCAGAAAAACGAGAUGCCUGGAUGAUAUUACCAAGUGAGCAUACAGUACCUUACAGCGAUACUAGUACUGAGUUAUUAAUACAUACAUUAAAUGAAUUACUUCAUAUAUAUAAAGAUCCACAUCCUAAUUUGAGACAGGCUGUCUGUGUGUGGUUAUUAGCACUUCUAAAAUAUAAUAUCCAAAGAGAAUGUAUUAAAGAAAAAUUUUCGUCAUUACAUUAUGCAUUUAUGGAUUUUCUUUCAGAUGAUAGCGAUAUAAUACAAGAUAUGGCAGCAAAAGGUCUUAGUUUAAUACAUAUUAAUAGUAAUAAAGAACAAAAGGAAUUUUUUGUUUCUAAUAUAUUAGAUCAAUUUACACAGGGACGUAAAACAGUACAACAAGUUACACUUGAUACAAAAUUAUUUGAAGAAGGUCAAUUAGGAAAAUCUCCAACAAGUGGUAAUUUAUCUACAUAUAGAGAAAUUUGUUCUUUAGCUACAGAAUUGCAAAAACCCGAUUUGGUAUAUUAUUUCAUGCAUUUAGCAAAUCAUAAUGCAGUAUGGACAUCUAAAAAAGGUGCUGCAUUUGGAUUUGCAGCAAUUGCUGAAAUAGCAAAUGAAGAAUUAAAUAAAUAUUUACCCAACAUAAUUCCACGUUUAUACAGAUAUCAAUUUGAUCCCACUCCCAAGAUUCAGCACAGUAUGUCUAGUAUUUGGCGAGCAAUAGUUCCAUCAACAAGUAAAGCUAUUGAACAAUAUCAUAAAGAAAUUUUGAGUGAUAUAACUGAUAAUUUAACGAAUUAUGAAUGGCGAGUGCGAAUCAGUUGUUGCAAUGCACUUGCAGAUUUAUUAAGAGUAAACGUUCGUUUAAAUUUGGCGAAAUGUGCUCCAGAAUUAUUGAAGACAUUGUUUCGAGUAAUGGAUGAUAUUCACGAAGGCACUAGAUUAGCAGCCACAAAUACAACUAAAGCAUUAAGUAAAGUUUGUGUUCGAUACUGUGAUUCUUCUUAUGGCAAAGAGGGAGAAGAAAUUCUACAAGCAAUUUUACCUGUAUUAUUAGAUAUUGGAGUUGUUAACGUUGUGAGCAGCGUAAGAAUAGUAUCUUUACAAACUAUAUCUCAAUUAGUUUCAAGAGCAGGUGUUUUGCUUAAACCGUCUUUAGUUAUAUUAAUUCCUGCUCUUUUAAGUACAAUUGGUGAAUCAGAAAAUCCGAAUUUAUCAUAUUUAAGUAACGUAUGUGGAACAAUGUCAGAGGCGCGAGAUGCUAUUGAUAAUAUUAGAGCUAGCGCUGCUAAAGAACAUUAUGCUACUGAAACAAUGACAAAAUGCAUACAAUAUAUUGAUGCAGAGAUUUUAAAAGAAUUAAUGCCAAAGAUAAUAGAAUUGAUAAAAUCUAGCGUCGGUUUUGGAACAAAAAUUACAUGUUUGCAUUUUAUUAUUCUUUUAAGUACUCACUUUAAACAAGAAUUACAACCUUAUAGUGGUAAACUUUUAAACGCGCUAAUGAAUGGAUUAUUGGAUCGUAAUUCUGUCGUUAGGAAAAAUAAUGCAACUGCUAUUGGACAUAUAGUGGGAUCAGCGAAAGAAUCAAGUCUUGAAAAAUUAUUUAAAACGCUUAAUACAUGGUACAUGGAACGAGAUGAUUCAACUAAAUUAGCAAUUGGUCAAACAUUACAAGCUAUAAAUAAUUAUAAUCAGGAAAUAUUAAGAAAUUUUUCGAAUAUUGUUAUACCUCUUACUUUUUUUGCAAUGCAUGAACAAAAAACGCAAGAAAAUGAAAAUGUAAUCGACUUAUGGACCGAAUUAUGGAAUGAAAUAACUCCAGGAACAGAAACCGGAAUUAGACAAAACAUAGAAUCAAUAACAAAUAUUUUACGCACAUCAUUGGAAUCAUCAUCGUGGAAUACGAAAGCUCAAGCGGCUAAUGCGAUUCAUACAUUAGCAGAAAAAUUAGGUAGCAAUAUUGAUGCAACUAUAAGAGAUAUUUUAUUAAAAGUAUUAAUGGAUGGUUUACGUGGUAGAACUUGGGAUGGAAAAGAUCGAUUAUUAAAUGCUCUUGCUACAUUAACAUGUAAUAGCAAAACAGCUCUUAAAGAAAAUUCUGAAAUGUCUAUAGAUAUAGUACAAAUAUUAUAUAGGGAAAGUAAAAAAGAGACUUUAGAAUACCGUCGACAUGCUUUAUAUGCAUUUGGUACGAUUUUACAUGAAUUAAAUAUUGAUAAAUUUAAAGAAGUAUAUGAAAUCGUUCAAGAAAUUUGGACAAUGCUGGCAAGAAAAGAUGCAGAUGAAUCUUUAAUUUCUGAAGAAAAAAUAAAAAGAAAUGAUGUUAUAAAAUUAUAUGAAGCUGUUUAUGAAAUACUUGGAAAAGCUUGGCCACCAUAUAAAGAAACUCAAGACAAAUAUUGCAUAGAAUUUAUAACUCAUUACGAUAAAAUGCUUCCUGUUCAAUCUACAACUAUACAAAUAUCAAUGCUAUCAUCACUUAAUUUAUUUGUGGAUAAACUUGCCUUACUAAAAAUAAAUAUUUCCGAUUUGUCAAACGAAGACAAAACAAUGUUGGAUUUAAUUUGUGAUACAUUUAAUAAAAUAUUAAAAUAUAGUAUGAGUAUUUCAUACACCAGAAUAAAAAAAGAAGCUUUAAAUAUAGCUUUAUCUCUUGGGAGAAAAUUACGUUAUACUAAAAAUAAUGAAAAAUUUGAUAAAAUGAUUUUAAUAAUACAAGAAACUUUACCGGAAUUAACAAAGGAUAAUGAACCAGAAAUUCGAACCAGAAUUAUUGAUAUCAAAGAAAUGCUUAAGAUAUGAAGAUAAUAAAUGUUAGUAUUUCCUAAUUAAUGUUACAUAUGGCUAAAUUAGUAACUUUGUGUUCAAUCCUUUUAAAAUGAUAAUUAAAAUAUAUAGUGUAUGCUAAUACA